AUGGCUUCUCAAGCUACGGAAUCGUUCAGAGACCCCUCCAAUGACAAACCUGAGCCACUAGACAUAGUCAUUGUCGGUGGCUCCUUAGGCGGCCUUUGUACGGCCCUCGCUCUCAGAUCGCUCCCGCAGUGUCAUCGCAUCACGAUCCUCGAACGAAAUUCCACACCACUCCUCCACAAUCAGGGCGCAGGCAUCGUUGCAGGAGGUGAUACGCUGGAUUUCUUCAAGCGCUAUGAUCGUUGCAACCGUUCACUUGCUGUAUCUUCGCAGCGUCGACAAUACCUCGAUAAAGAUGGAGACAUCGUGCACAAGGAGGACAUGGUACAGAACAUGACAAGUUGGGAUCUAGUCUACUACAUUUUGCGUGCCAACGUAGACUAUGUGGAGAGCGCAUAUUGCAAAGUUCCUCAGCGACGGGUUGAUGAGGCAGAGGUACGGCAUUUGCACGGACACAAAGUCACUGGCAUCGAGAAGUGUGGAGAGAAGGUGAGUGUUGCGUAUACGACUACAGACAAUGGCGAAGGGACAAUGGAAGCAGAUCUCGUCGUCGGCGCAGAUGGCCCGAGUUCUACUGUUCGAUCGCUUCUGCAACCGGAUGUUCAGCGCACCUAUGCCGGCUACGUCGCCCUUCGUGGGACCGUCCGUGAGGACGACGUGACUCCCGAGACACUCGAAGCUUUUAAAGACCGCUUUGCCUUCUUCCACACGCGCGGAGUUCAGAUCCUCGCAUACCUAAUUCCUGGCGAGAAUGGCACACUCGAACCGGGCCAGCGCCUCGUAAAUUUUGUGUACUACACGAACUUCCCUUCGAAGUCUCUCGAUGAGCCUUCGGAAGAGCUGGCAGAAUUGAUGACGGAUGUCGAUGGUGUAAGACACAGGAUCACGAUGCCACCCGGUAAAACAAACCCAAAGGCGUGGGAGAAGCAGCGCGUGAUCGCAAGCGAAAAGCUGCCGCCGCAGUUCGCUGAGAUCGUGAGAGCGACGAAGAAGCCGUUUGUACAGGCCGUAACCGACGUCAUAUCGCCAAAAAAUGAGUUUCUCGACGGAAAAGUCAUUCUGCUAGGGGAUGCUCUCGCGGGUUUUAGGCCGCAUACUGUGGCAAGCACUAGUCAAGCUGCCUUCGAUGCCAUGAUUUUGUCGGAUAUGCUUCGUGGUGAGGUCGACAGGAAAGAGUGGAAGAAACAGACAAUGGGUUAUGCGCGGACAAUACAAAAACGCGGGGUCGACAUGGGUAAUCGAAGCCAGCAUCAAGACCUGCUGCUUGAAGAACACAUACAUGACCGCAAUUUGGCGUCGAAACCAAGAGAAGAAGAGAUAUGGCCUUCCUGGGCGAUUGCAGAUGUUGCGUAG